AUGGGUGGCAGAGCGUUUCUCGCAAACGGCCUCUGUACACCUCGUAUGACCACCAAUGUCUAUCAACAAGUCUUGCAAAACGUCGAGACCAAACUCCGCAACCACUUUACUUUCGUCGGCCACCCAACAGAAGCUCCAGGCAAGACUACCCACGGCGAUCUUGACAUCGUGGUUUGUCAAUUGAAAACGAAAUCCCAAGAGAAUGGUGCCUCAGGAGACUUUCUCGCACGUAUUCUUGGAGCAUAUACCUGGAAGCGAACUCCAGGAAACAGUGAAUUCCACUUCGCCUUGCCCUGGCCAGAAUGGGACUUUGACCUUGAUCAAUGCCCGGUCCGAGACUUGGAAACAACUGUGCAGGACCUCCGCAUAAGCAACAACAUACAACCUGAUCCAACUCGCCCUAAUGCCCAGAUACGGAAACAGAUAUAUAUCCAAGCCGACAUCCGCAUCUGUCCAACCCAUCAAGUAUUUCAAUGGCACCUAUUUCACCACUCCCAUGGCGACUUCUGGGCUAUUGUAGGCAGCAGUAUCCGCCGGUUCGGUCUAACCAUUACCAACGAAGGCCUCAUGGUCCGCAUCCCCGAGAUCGAACCUCAUAACCGAACCGCAGCUCGAAUCAAAGUUACCGAUGAUCCCACCACCGUUCGGCAAUUUCUAGGCCUCGACGUCGACCGAUUCUGGAAACAUUUCACAGAUUAUAACGAUAUCAUGGAUUAUGCAGCUACAUGCCGCUUCCAUGAUCCAGCGCACUGGACAGAUAAGGCUGAAACUGACCGGAAAUAUGAUAUGAUGGACGGUCGCGAAGCUCGACGCGUAGCGAAAAGAGACAUGUUUGCUUAUUGGAUCCAAUCCUAUCUUCCGGCUCAUGUCGACGAUAAACCAGGGCCUAGUUCUCAUAUGUCUCGAGAGGAUGUUGUGCUUGAGGCUUCGAGGAUUCCUGUCAUCGGAAGAGAUUUCUCAGCGCGAUUCCAGGCGAAAAGAGAAGAAUGGGUUACGAAACAUGGGAGGGACAACUUUUGGGUGAAUGUUCGUGAGCUGCUGAAGGCUAAUAACUGUGCUGGUGGAUAUGCCAUCAAAGGACUGAAACGAGAGAUCACGUCCGAAGAAACACCAUUGACACCAUCACCAUCAUCGGAUGAAGGACGUGCUCUCGCCUUUGUGCGAGCGGCGUAUCAGAACCACAUGUUCGCCAUAGUCCUCGAUUGGAUUAGUAAGAACUGGGAAGCUGUCGGCCAGCGACAAGAGGCUCUAGAUCGUGAGAUAAGUCGGCAAAAGAUGAGGGCGAAGAGGGAAAGAAUGGCCCAGGAAAACAUUAGCAGUCACAGUGACGCACAGCAGACCAUGGUAGUGGAGGUCAUGACAGUCCAUCUCGAGUGA